AUGAGCGCCAGAACAAGAAGACAAAAAGCUGCAUUGGGUGUUCAGGCCGAGGGGAGCGACAUGAUGACGACGACGACAGCCAGCAACGGCACGGCGCGGAAACCCCUCUCAAAAGCCCGAUCUCCUGCCCCUGAGGAAGAGACCAAGGAGAAUGUAUUUCUCUUCGUUCCGAAUCUCAUUGGAUACGCACGGGUGUUCUUAACCGUGGCCUCCCUCUACUACAUGCCCCUCCACCCUCGAACAUGCUCUCUACUAUAUAGCGUAUCGUGCCUGCUGGAUGCUCUGGAUGGAUAUGCGGCGCGUUAUUACAACCAAUCUACCACCUUCGGAGCAGUGCUUGACAUGGUAACGGACCGCUGCACAACCGCUUGCCUGCUUGUUUUCUUGAGCUCUGCGUGGCCCCGGUGGUCGAUUGUAUUCCAGAGCUUGAUUUCCCUGGACUUGGCCAGCCAUUACAUGCAUAUGUACGCCACUCUUAGCAUGGGAGGAUCUGGCAAGAGCCAUAAGAAUGUUGAGGCCACCAGAAGCUGGAUUCUUCAUCAAUACUACACCAACAAGACUGUACUCUUCGUUUGCUGUGCGCUCAACGAGCUUUUCUUCAUCGGGCUUUACCUGCUUUCCUUCUCGUCCCCCAUUCUCUCGCCCUCUCUCCUCCAGGCUCAAGACCCCAGUGCGCCUCCGGCUCUCGCUAGCCCAUGGAGCGCUGGAGCGCUGGAGAUGGCUAGAGCAAACAAGAUCGAUAGCUUCUGGCCAUGGGUUAUCACGGGUAUCUCCGCCCCGGUCAUGGCACUGAAGCAGUUCAUCAAUGUUGUCCAAAUGGUCAAGGCCAGCAAGUGGCUUGUUGAGGGUGAUCUCGCAAGACGCGCGGCUGCGCAGAACGUGAAGGGCCUGUAG